AUGUCCUAAUAAAAAUAAACAGUUUUCAAUUAUAACAAUGAGGAAAUGUAACAUUUAGAUCUAAUUAUUUAGAGGUGGGUGUUUAAUGUUGAUGUAUGAUUCAGAUGAUGAAGUUGAUAAAUUUAACUCAAAUCUUCAGGAGAGUCAAUUUCAAUAAUAAAAAACAACUCCUAAAAUUCAAUCCAUUCAACAAUAGAAUUAUCACUAUAUUAAAAAAUGA